UUGACUCAGGCAUUGUCAGUGUAUGUUUAUGUUUUCCGUGUGUUGUAUUGGUUUGCUCUCCAUCUCUCCAUGUGUCUCUCCAUGUGUCUCUGUGUGAGCUUCCGGAGGUGUGGGUUCGCUGAGGAGACUGCGAACCCGGAAGUGGUCUACUCGAGAGACAGCCGCACCUGCCGCUUGUCGUCCUCUGCCAGCUGCAGCAGAUUACGCUCGUCUAGGAACGGCAUUUAGGACUGCAGCUGAGCUGAGGCCGACGCUGGAUCCUUGAGUCAGAACUCGAAUCGGGAGCGGAGUACGCCUCUAAAGUCACGGUGUGGGAAUUGGAGUUUUUUGGAGUCGCCACCUUUCACUUCUCACGGACAUCUGCACUGUGUGGGAUUCAGGGAGAAUCACCACGGGACCACAGUGCUGGGAUUUUGUAUAUAGUUGUGUGUUUUUCACCUCCUGUAAAUAAAUCCACUGUCCUUCACUUAGAGUCUCGCGUUUGGGCCCUGCUUUCACUGUCACUCCACGGUCUGCCAUCGCAGCCCGUGACAGAAGGAUCCAGCCACUAUGGACCCAGCGGACUCACCGCGGAAGCGCAGCUCCCGUUUUGACGGGACCCGACUAGUGCUUGGAGGGCCUCCGUGCUGCCGUUCCUCGCUGGCAGCCUACCCUUCGGCCCACUCGUCUGCUUCCUCUCCGCGGACGCCUCGGUCUCGCAGAGAACGCCCUAGCCGGUCCCGGGAGGAUUACUAUGAGCCUGACAGCAAUCAGCUUACGCCCGCUCAGGCAUUCUAUAAGAUGCUAGGGAUUAUUCUCGUGCCACCCGACACACCCAGCGCUCCCACAUCACUGCAGGAGCAGCCACAUCAAAAUCCGCCCUCGUCACAUUCCGCCAGCUUCAUGAACACUACAGCUCGUGUUUCUCCGGUUUGGGAAAAUAGAAGUUUUCGUUUUAAGAGCGAUUAUUCUCCCAUAGGUUCAGAAGACUGUGCGCCUGACGUUCUUUCAAAUCCAGGAAUCAAGACUGUUUCGUCUAGAACUCUUUAUUCUGGGGCUAUGUUUGUUCAGUCAGCUGAUCAGCAGCCACCUUCAGUUCAGUUAGCUGAUCAGCAGCCAUCUUCAGUUCGGUUAGCCGAUCAGCGGCCACCUUCAGCUCAGUUUACAGCGCCACGUAUGGACCCAGCGGUCUCUGAGGAGAGGCUCAGGGGGGAGGUUAUGGACAAGGUUUACCGCAUGUGUGAGUUGUGGUGGGAGAAGCCCACGGAGGGGUUGCGUCGCGCCGUGGAGAGGCGGCUGCAGGGGAUGCUGUUUGAAUUCCCCUGGUUGGUGGACUCCCUUAAUUCAGUAGUCCUGGACUUCCUGCUUUCCACCCUCCACCUCCACUCUCCUCCUCAGGCUGCUCACCGGCCCGGACAGCUGGUGGAUUCACAGCCUGAGACGCCGGCCCCGACGUCUACAUGGAAACGACGUUCGCGCCGCCGGCGUUCCUCACCGCAGCCGCCCUCCCGGACAUCUCAAGAACCGGCUGUGGUGAGUAAUAAGGACACUUUUUCAUUUCUCACCCCAUCUGCUUUUUUGUUUUCAGUGGAUGGUGACACCGCUGACGCUGCUGCAAGCCGGCCUACAGUACGACUAGCGUCGCCUCAUUCAGCAGUCUCCGCGCCGCUGGCGGCUUCACCAUCUGUGGAUGUAGCGCCGUCAUCAUCUCAUCUGCAUGUAGUCACCCCUCGGCCAUCUUCUUCACCGGCUCUACCUUCACCUUCCCCGCCUGCGUACACCGCAUCACCAUCUUCGCCUCCGGAUCAUCCAUCUGUGGGGCCCAGCGAGCGGGAGCCGCAGCCCACACAUGAUGGGAGUAUAUGGGAGGUCUACUCCACCUUAAGAGAGUCCAGCUCCAUCCUCACGUCAUUACUGGCCUUGCAGGUAAUCAACAAUCCAAGACACGAGAGAGGCAUCAACCUGCAUCGCUGUCAGCUUAUCACCCAGGAGGGUCAGCCUGAUGGUACUGAAUGA